UGCAGUUCCCCAGUGUGCACUCUGGGCGCCGCUGUUGGCCAAAGACCAGAGCUCGGCGCUCGCCUUCUCCUCGCGCAGCCGCACCGCGCUUACCAGGGCCGCCCUCUCACCCUCGCCAGGGCGAGCCCUUAGACCGCUUCCUACUGGAAAAGAGAAGAAACUUUCCCUGGACUGGGACUGAGAACUAAAGCCCAUCCGGAACCCCGCGUGUCUGCGAUACAGUGCUUAUUCGUGAGCCCGCGUCUCCAGGCCGGUGAGCAAGCUGAGGGAGCAGGAGGGAUGGGGAGCGGCGCUGUGCAGAGGGGCAGGGCUGAGAGGCGGCCAGUGUUCUUUCCCUUGCUGCUGUCUUUGUUCAGCCCGGCGCUCUCGGAGCAGAUCCGCUACAGGAUCCCUGAGGAAAUGGCCAAGGGCUCGGUGGUGGGGAACCUGGCCAAGGACCUGGGCUUCAGCGUCCAGGAGUUACCGACUCGGAAGCUGCGCGUCAGUUCGGAGAAACCUUACUUCUCAGUGAGCGCAGAGAGCGGGGAGCUGCUUGUGAGCAGUAGGCUAGACAGGGAGCAGAUAUGUGGGAAGAGGCCUGCGUGUGUCCUGGAAUUUGAGGCUGUUGCUGAAGACCCGUUGAACUUUUAUCAUGUGAGUGUGGAGAUCGAGGACGUUAAUGACCACUCCCCAAAAUUCACGCAAACUUCCUUUGAGCUGCAAAUAAGCGAGUCCACCAAGCCCGGUGCACGAUUUAUCCUAGGAUCUGCCCAUGAUGCAGAUAUUGGUACCAACGCCCUACAAAAUUACGAACUCAGUCCCAAUGAUCAUUUCUCACUCACGAAUAAAGAGAAAGCAGAUGGUAGUAAAUACCCCGAAAUGAUACUGAAGAUUCCUUUAGACCGGGAAAAACAGAGCUUCUACCACUUGGCCUUGACUGCCUUUGACUUUGGGGAUCCACCCCUCAGCAGCACUGCACAGAUACAGGUCCUAGUGACAGAUGCCAAUGAUAAUUCUCCCGUAUUCAGUCAAGACAUAUACAGAGUAAGCCUUCCGGAAAGCCUGUGCCCAGGAAGCACCGUGCUCCGAGUGACUGCCACCGACCAGGAUGAGGGAGUCAAUGCUGAGAUUACAUUCUCUUUCAGUGAAACGGGCCAGGUCAGCCCGUUUGACCUGAAUUCUAACACUGGGGAAAUUACUACUCUAAACACAUUAGAUUUUGAAGAAUUAAAAGAAUAUUCCAUUGUUUUGGAAGCAAGGGAUGGUGGAGGAAUGAUUGCACAAUGUACAGUGGAGAUAGAAAUCCUAGAUGAAAAUGACAACAUCCCACAAGUGAUAAUCCAGUCUCUACCCGACCUAAUUAUGGAAGACACUGAGCUAGGAACACACAUUGCUUUGCUUAAAAUCCGUGACAAGGAUUCUGGUCACAAUGGAGAAGUUACCUGUAAAUUAGAAGGUGAGGUUCCAUUUAAAAUACUCACUUCUUCAAGAAACACAUAUAAAUUAGUGACUGAUGGGGUUCUAGACCGGGAAGAGAACUCGGAGUACAACAUCACCAUAACAGCCACAGACAGAGGUAACCCACCUCUCUCCUCCAGCUCCAGUGUCACCCUGCACAUUGGUGAUGUCAACGACAAUGCACCCGUUUUCCACCAGGCCUCCUACAUGGUCCAUGUGGCUGAGAACAACCCUCCUGGUGUCUCCAUCGCGCAAGUCAGUGCCUGGGACCCUGACUCGGGACCCAACGGCCAGGUCUCCUACUCCAUCGUGGCCAGCGACCUGGAGCCUAGAGCGCUGCUGUCCUACGUGUCCGUGAGCCCGCAGAGCGGGGUGGUGUUCGCGCAGCGCGCCUUCGACCACGAGCAGCUGCGCGCCUUCGAGCUGACGCUGCAGGCCCGCGACCAGGGCUCGCCCGCGCUCAGCGCCAACGUGAUUCCCCAUAUAUUAUUUCUAGCUUUGUUUCCUCAAACUUCUACUAGUCUAAGGUCAGCAGAGCCCUCCUAA